GUCUCGGAGGACGGGCGGCAGCAUUUUCGCUUGGAGCGCGCCUCCGGCCGCCUCGUCGUGGCGGGGAGGCUGGACCGGGAGGAGCUGUGCGGCCAGGCCGCCACCUGCAUGCUCCCCUUCGAGCUGCUGCUCUCCAACCCCCUGCAGUUCUUUCGGGUCGAGGUGACUCUGGACGAUAUCAAUGACCAUUCACCCGUCUUCCCCGAGGAACGAGUCACUUACAAGAUCGUGGAAAGGAGCGAUCCAGGCUCUCGUUUCCCACUGGUGGGUGCUAGGGACCCCGAUAUUGGCAGUAACACAGUCCAGGAGUACAGCAUCUCUCCCGAGAAUGAGUAUUUCAGGUUGUCAUACGGAAGUCGGACUAAUGAUGACAAAUAUCUCGAAAUUGUUUUGGAAAAUCCAUUAGACAGAGAGGAGCAUGCAGAGAUGGGUUUCAGUGUUAUUGCUGUGGAUGGGGGCUCUCCUCCGAGGAGUGGGAGUAUCGAGAUCUCUAUUAUCAUUCUGGAUGUAAAUGACAAUGCUCCCAUCUUCAUGCAAGAGCGUUAUAUUGGGAGGGUUAUGGAAAACAUGCCAGCAGGCUCUGUGGUUCUGACUGUGCUGGCAACUGAUCAGGAUGCAGGAGUAAAUGGAGACAUCUUCUAUGAACUUAGCCAGUCAGUUGUACAGGCAGACUCAGCAUUUGUGAUUGAUCCCAUAACUGGUGAAAUUAAACUCACAAAACCUCUGGACUUUGAGGCAGCACAGUAUCACGACCUGAUUGUGAGGGCCACAGAUGGUGGGGGCCUCUCAGCAAUCUGCAAAGUGCUGGUGGAGGUGGUGGAUGUGAACGACAAUGCCCCAGAGCUGGUGCUCAGUUCCUUCAGCAGUCCCCUCCCUGAGGACACAGUGCCCGGCACGGUAGUUGCCCUGUUCUCGGUCAGGGACCGGGAUUCUGGCGCCAACGGGAAGAUCUCCUGUGCCCUCGAGGAUCAGCUCUCCUUCUCCCUGCGGCCAGCCUAUAAGAAUUACUAUGAGCUGGUGACAGUGAGCGCGCUGGACCGCGAGGAGACGCCUCAGUACAUCCUGAGUGUCACGGCAGCAGAUGCGGGGUCGCCUCCUCUAGCGGAGGGCUCCGGCUGCGUGUCCUUGGGCGCGGCGCCGGGCGGCGGCGGAGGGAAGUUGGGGCUGAAAACCAUGAGGUCGCUCUUGGCCGCGCCGUCCGCCACGCACAGGCUGCGGCUGUGGCGCUGCGAGUACGACCAGCUGCCCACUUCGCUGGCGCACACGAGCGUCGUGGGCCCGGGCCCCGAGAGCACGGCCGCCCGCGGCGCCCACGUGCAGAGCGGCCUGGCCGAUGCAGCCGCUGCAGGGACCCUGCCCCGCGCCUAUUGCUACGAGAUCAGCCUCACAACGGGCUCGGGCAACAGCGAGUUCAAAUUCCUCAGGCCCAUCCUGCCCAGCCUGCCCCCACAGCACUGCGCCCUGGGCCAGGGCCCCGCUGAGGAGCAGGAUUUUCCCUGUGUCCCUGUCAGCACAGAGGACAUGGCCCCAGACAAUGCUGGGACUCUCUCUGCAGGACAGCUCAAUGCUCUUUCCUUUGACUGACAUGGGUUCUGCACAGCCAGAGGCUUCACGGCCCAUGGGAGAUGAUUCAUGUUGCAGCAUGUGGCAGUGGUACCUCCAGACUAAAUUUGUAUUUUCAAAUUUUUCAAAUUUUAAGUUAGACUAAAAAUUUUUCUUUCACUCCAAAACAGAAACAAGGAAACAAAAGCAACUCUGGUUCUCUCUCUGAGGCAAUAGUAUGUUUCAGCUUUCUUGGUCAUUUCUGACUGUGUUUAAGGAAGUUGUAAACAGUCCAGCUAUGCUGUUGUCUCUCUUGCUCUCCAACAAGACAGUGCAGCUUUUCUUCUGUCCUUUGUCAAAAGGGCACUCCUUGUGUCCUAGUUUGGAGACUAUACCAGAUCUCUUCCUUUAAAAAAUGUACAAAACCCCUUUCCCAGCUCAUGUAAGCAAAUAUGUUGAGAGUACAGUGUCCCAUGUUGUGUGAGGACUGGGUUCUUUCUUCCCUGGAUUCUGGAUGCCUCUCUCUGGGGUAUGUGGGCUCUGUGUGCUUUGGUUUCCUGUCAGUCAGUAUAGCCACUCUGUGUCUGCAUAUAAUUCACUACUGUGGCCUGGUGGAGUUGCUCCCAUCCAACCGUUGCAAUGCAGGCAAUUGCAGCUCACCUGGCAAGAAGACUAUUCUGAACCCCUGACUACAGGAGUCUCAUUUUCUCCAGGGCAGGGAAGAGCAGUAAAAUGUAUGACAAAAUAUUCUUUGUGCCCUAUAAACCAGCACUCAGUGUUAUGUCUCCUUGAAAUAUAGAAUUAUAACAGCACAAAUUGUGUUUGGUUUACUAUAACUGUACAAAGUUUUGAAAAAAUGUUCAUGCCUUGGCUAUAUUUCAUAAAAAAUCCAUAAGUCCUUCAGAGAGUAUUUUCUAAGAGUAGAAUCAACAUGAAAUGGUAAAACAGAGAUUGAUGUUGGCCUUCUUAUUUUUCCUGUAUACGGUGGUUCCUUUUUGGGAGUAGAAAGCUGUCUCCACAUGAUUUUCUCCAUUUGUGUUAGGGCAUUUGAAUUCUCCUUUUUGCCCUUUCUCCUGCUACUCUCUGAACUGAAUUUGAGCAUUGUCUUUCUUUUUCUGCUUAAGGACUGCAAACCCAUGUAUAAUAACUGAUUACUUGAAUGAUGUCUGUGCUGUGUGGACUAUUUAUAAAGUCUCACACCGUGUUUUGUUGAAGUUAUGAAGUUUAAUAUUGUAAACUUGGAUACCCCUGAGUGUAAAACUGAAAUAAAGGGAACACCUGAAUGC